AUGGCGAACGAAAUGCUAAUGCCAACACCAUCACUGAGAUUUAAAAACACAAAUUAUAAAGUACCAAAAAUGUAUUAUAAUCAACGAAUAACAUCUAAUGAAAGGCGCAACAUAUCCUUGGGUGCCCAGAACUCGAGUCGAGACAUGUCCUCCGGCUUUAUCAGAACCACGUUUCGCCAGUCCGAAAUCAGAAACUUUAGCGUGAAAAUUUCUGUCGAGAAGGAUAUUGCUACUUUUGAAAUCUCUAUGAAUUACCGGGGGACUAAUGUGUUCGUGAAGGUACUCCAAACCCUUUGCUGCUUCUAA